AUGGCCCCCAAGAAGUCCAAGUCCGAAGCCCAGUCCAUUGGUGCUAAGCUUGCCCUCGUCAUCAAGUCGGGCAAGGUCGUCCUGGGCUACCGCAGCACCCUCAAGGCUCUCCGCAGCGGCAAGGCCAAGCUCAUUCUCAUUGCUGCCAACACUCCCCCGCUGCGCAAGUCUGAGCUUGAGUACUACUCGAUGAUGUCCAAGACCCCGGUCCACCACUACAGCGGCACCAACAUUGAGCUUGGUACCGCUUGUGGUAAGCUCUUCCGCUGCUCCACCAUGGCCAUCCUCGAUGCCGGUGACAGUGAUAUCCUUGCCGACCAGCAGUAA